AUGCAGCGAUCCCCCAGUAUUAUACCCGACCCCGACCCCGAUCCCGCCCCUGUGAGCGCCAGAUGGCCAGUAUCAAGCAUUCAAAGCCCGGCCACACUAGGACCGAAGUACUACAACCCUGAGACCAGCAUAUGCGAGACGACACCCGGCGUCAAGGCCUACAGUGGAUACGUCCACCUUCCGAGCAACAUUACCCAAGACAUACAAGGCGAAAUACCCUUCCAUGUUUCAGCUUUCUUCUGGCUCUUUGAAGCUCGCCAUGAACCCGAGAAAGCUCCACUUGCCAUCUACCUAGCUGGAUGGCCUGGGGAGUCUUCGAUGUACCCAGUCUUCAGUGGGGAGAGCGGACCUUGCUACGCAAACAAGGACGGAAACAGCACUACGCUAAACCCCUGGUCGUUCAACGUUCAUGUCAACAUGCUCUAUAUCGAUCAACCCAGCCAGGUCGGGUACUCGUAUGACGAGAUUGUCGAAGGCUCGUACAACGUGCUGGACGGCAGCAUCACUCCAGAGAAGCUACCUCAGAAUCAGACCACAAUUCCUGGGAAGUUUCCCAGUCAGAACCCAGCGACUACCGCCAACACUACAACGCUGGCUGCUCGUGCUCUGUGGCACUUUGCACAGGUCUGGUUCACAGAACCUGCUAUACCAAGGAUAUUCAUAUUCAACGUUGACAUACAACAACACUAUGGAGUAAAGCUCUUCAACGAGACUGUUUCGGAAGCAGCCUCCGCCAAUUUCACCGGGCCUGGAGGAUGCUCUGAUCAAAUUCUACAAUGCCGCGCUCUUGCAGCCGAGGGAGAUCCCUACGAUAUCGGAAUCAAUUCCACCAUCAACGACAUCUGCGCCGAAGCAAUAGAGUUCUGUGAUGAGUUCGCUGGAGGAGGCGCAAUGGUUGCUCUUUCUGGGGCCUACGCCAUCGCGUUUCUGAACCAAAAAUGGGUGCAGGACGCGCUCGGCGCCCCUCUAAAUCACACUGCAAAUGGAAAUACUGCUGGUAACGCCUUGAUUGCCACGGGCGAUCCUGUCCGUCGCAGCAUCGCCGACCUGAACCUCCUUCUCAGCUCUGGGGUUAAAUUGUCGAUGGUGUAUGGGGAUCUUAAUUUUAUCUGCAACUGGAUUGGUGCCGAAAACCUCACUCUGAAUACAGAAUACCCAGAAGCGUCUGAAUUCGGUGCGAGUGGCUACGCAAAUAUCACGACGAACUCAACAUACCAAGGAGGUGUGGUGACGCAGUUCGAAGGUGUUUCUUUCUCCAGAGUGUUUCUGGGGUCGCAUACGGUGUCUUACAGCCAGCCCGAAACGGUCUACCAAAUCUUCAAUCGCGCAAUGUUCUACAAGGACGUAUCAACCGGCCACCACAAUAUCGAGACUGGAAAAGGCUAUAAGAGCAAGGGUCCCGCCUCGGCGUGGGGCUUCAAGGACGUGCUGCCGCCACCGCCACCUCCAGAGUGCAGCAUCUCCUACGCCAGCACGAGCUGUUCAGAAGACCAGUUGGCUGCGCUAGCGAACGGGACAGCGGUGGUGGAGAACAACAUCGUCGUGCAGCCGGCGGUCUGA